CAAAGUCAUACUUCUAUGCCUGAAUUAGAAGAUGGGUAUAGUUGUUUAUCUUGAUACCAUAUUGGUCCCUCUCAGUCUCUUCAUUAUGGUGGGUUACCAUGCCUAUCUAUGGCAUUGCUUCAAGAACAAACCCACUCAAACCACCAUUGGAAUCGACUCGCUCAGGAGGAAAAGUUGGUUUCUCAACAUCAAAGAGGGUGAUGAUAAGAAGAAUAUGUUAGUAGUGCAGAGCUUGAGAAACACCCAAAUGUCAACAAUUUUCACUGCUUCAAUAGCCAUUCUCGUAAACUUAUCAUUGGCAGCUUUAACAAACACCGCUUUCAACUCAAUCCAUCUCCUCAGCAAUCCAUUUUUUGGGUUACAAUUCGGGAGGAUCUCUGUUUUAAAGUUCGGUUCAGCAUCAUUGUUUCUGCUGGUUAGUUUCUUGUGCAGCUCUAUGGGCCUUGGAUUCUUGGUUGAAGCCAAUUUCUUGUUGAAUAUUUGCGAGGAGUUCUCAUCAUCGCCGACGUACACACAAACAGUAUUUGAACGUGGGUUCUUGCUGUCUCUCAUAGGUAACAGAGUCCUUUGCAUCACUUUCCCUUUGCUGAUAUGGCUGCUCAGUCCAGUGGCUGUAGCCUUGUCGUCUGUGGCACUUGUCUGGGGGUUGUAUGGGCUUGAUUUUCAUGACAAGAUUGGGAGUAGAAACUUGCUUUAGAGCCGACUCGAGUGCUUUCACAUCUCGAGAUCGAAUCACAGUUGAAAAAUACGUGAAGAAUUAGAAAGAAAUUAUAUUAAAAUUGUAUGAAAUGUAUGAUUUUUAACUAAAUGAAACUCAUUUUGCGUAUAC